AGAAGGCAUCUCUACUAGACAUCUAGCCUGCCACGAAUCAGCCGGAUUCAAUUCCCGAUCGCUUACAAAUUGGACCGACUGACCCCACCCUGGGGCACAUCGCAGUCCAGUCAUCGAAUUGUGGUAUGAUUUGAGAUAGACAGAGAUAGGGGGCUGAAGUCGUAGCCGACGGGGAAGAAUAGUCUUAUUAAAGUCAAAAGCACUUGGUUCCGCGACUUCACUUCCAUUCCAUAUCGCCGUAAUCGAGACACCCCAGGUGCAUCUACCAUUCGCCUUCGGCACAUUCAUCGCGAUCCGAUCAGUCACAUCGAGACUCCGAAGCCGAGCGACAAUGGCCGUUCCAGAAGGCACCCUUAACCUCGCCAUCCUAGAUGACUAUCAUAACCUCUUUCUACCCAUACUCAACUCCCUUCCCCAACCCUUCCUCUCUCGCCUCUCGAUUACAGCCAUUCCUGAUACACUUCCGGCCUAUAACCACCCUUCCACGACCGCCGCCGAAAAGGAAGCACUCAUCUCCCGCCUUCGCCCAUUUCACAUCUUAAUCACUAUGCGCGAACGAACCCCUUUCCCAGCAGAAGUCAUUUCCCAGCUCCCAAAUCUCAAAAUCCUCUUCGCCACAGGUGCCAAAUUCGACGGCUGGGGCCUCGAAGAAGCAUUCAACCGCGGCAUCCCCAUCUGCGCAGCCCCGGGAAAGGGAAGAACGGACGGCAAAGGCACGCCUCUGACUCAGCAAAAGAAGAAGGGCGUGGGAGCGAAGGCGCAUCCGACGACCCAACAUGUCUGGGCGCUGAUACUCGCGCUCACGAGAAAUGUAGCAGAGGAUGAUGCGAAUGUAAAGGCUGGGGGGUGGCAGACGGGGCUGGCGACCGGGUUGCAGGGAAGGACGUUGGGGAUCGUGGGGUUGGGGAAGAUUGGGGUGGCUGUGGCGAGGGUGGGAGUUUUGGCGUGGGGGAUGCGGGUUGUUUGUUGGAGUGCUUCCUUGACUCAGGAGGCGGCGGAUAGGAGGGCCGAGGAGAUGGGGUUACCGGUGGAGGAUGAGGAUGGAGAGAAGGUGUUCAAGGUCGUGGGGAUGGAGGAACUGUUUCGCACGGCAGAUGUGGUCAGCGUGCAUUAUACGCUUUCAGAAAGAAGUAGGAGGUUAGUGGGAAAGGAGCAGCUGGGAUGGAUGAAGAAGGAGGCGUUGUUUGUGAAUACGGCGAGAGGGCCUUUGGUGGAUGAGGACGCCUUGUUGGAAGUACUGAGAAAGAAGCGGAUUCGAGGUGCUGCGCUGGAUGUCUUCGACGUGGAGCCUCUGCCGAAAAGCAGUCCGUGGAGAACGGAGAAAUGGGAUGAGGUGGGUAAAGACGGGAAGAGAAUGAGGAGUAGGGUAUUGUUGACACCGCAUAUGGGGUUUGUAGAGGAAGAGAGGCUCAAAUUAUGGUAUGAGGAAACAGUGGAGAACCUGGAGAGAUGGCUGAACGGGGAGGAAGUCUUGCACGUUAUCAACUCAAAACACUCAGAAUAGAUGCACAAUCAAAAGAGGUC